AUGAGAAAGAAAGGAUAUGAUGAAAUCAGUGUUGGAGGCAAAGUGACAAGACAAGGAAAUGUGCAAACAUGCUCAAACUGUGGUGAUAUCACUCACAACAAAAGAAGGUGCAAGAAGCCUCUUUCACAAAAAUCAAGAAGUGCUGAAAGACCAAAGAAUGUAGAAAGGCCAAGAAAAAGAACUAAGGUUAUGUCUUUUCAGACCUCCUAUGCAGGACCCAUCACGCUGACUUUUCCCACGUUUAAGAGUGCAGGUGACUCGAAAGAGAGCUUUUAUAUUGGACCUCUUGAAGACAUAACAUCACAUGGAUAUUUGAAUCAGUGGCCACCAGAGGAGGUUUUGCCAAGCUGGAGGUCCACCAUGGAAGAUUAUUAUAAGCAAGUCUUGAGUGCUGGUGAAAGACUUAUCUCAUUGAUCGCAUUAGCACUGGACUUGGAGGAGAAUUUCUUUCAUGAUGUCGGUGCAUUUAAUCCACCAAAUGGUUUUCUUCGGUUGUUACACUAUCCAGGUGAAUUGAGUUCAUCUAAUGAGGAAAUAUACGGUGCUUCUGCCCAUUCGGACUAUGGGAUGAUAACUCUUCUAGCUACAGAUGGCGUUGGCGGACUUCAGGUAUGCAAAGAAAAAUUGAAGAAGCCACAUGUGUGGGAAGAUGUGCAACACAUCUCCGGGGCUUUCAUUGUCAACAUUGGCGACAUGAUGGAACGAUGGACGAAUUGUCUGUUUCGGUCAACAUUGCAUCGAGUGAUGCCUAGAGGUCAAGAAAGAUACUCGGCGGCUUUCUUCUUAGAUCCUAAUCCAGAUUGUGUGGUGGAAUGCUUAAAGAGUUGCUGCAGUGAGUCAACUCCUCCUAGAUUUCCACCAAUACGCAGUGGUGAAUACCUAAACGAGCGCUUCAAGCUUACGUACGGUGCAGGAAACUAGUCUAAUUAAAAUGAAGGUUUAUGACUUGGCUUUACUCAGGUGAAUAUAUAUUGCUACUAUUCCAACUUGUGUUAAAUUCUCUCAAGAUAUUGAAUACAGGCACCUAAAACGUGUAUCUUAUUCCUAAAAUUUAUUUUAUUGUUGUUCAGUUUUAGUU